AUGGUGGAAGUAGAGAAGACGAACAUUAGCGAUGUACCGGUCUCGGAAGACGAGCAGUAUGGGUUUAAACGGCCAGAGAUGUACAGUGGUAGCCUCGUCGGUUCCGUUGGUCCGUAUGGUCGCCAUGUUUUCCUUUGUUACAAGAGUCACGAGACUUGGCUUCCUCGUGUAGAAGUUGAAGGUCUUCCGCAGCGUUUCGCUAAGUCGUUCAAGGAUCGGAAAGCUGAUUUCGCUGUUGAGACGAAGCUGACGGUAUGUGGUGGUGGUGGUGAAUCUGAUGGAGAUGUGUUGAUUUUCCCGGAGAUGAUCAGAUACAAGGCGCUUAAGGACACAGAUGUGGAUGCUUUUGUGGAAGAUGUGCUUGUUAAUGGAAAACCAUGGAUCUCUGGRAUUCAGGAAGAGUUGUCAGGUUCCUUUGUAUUUGUGUGUGCUCAUGGUAGCCGGGACAAGAGAUGUGGCGUUUGUGGACCAGCUCUUAUGGAGAAGUUCGAGGAGGAGAUAGGUUCACGAGGACUUUCAGACAAAAUCUUUGUUAAGCCAUGUUCUCAUAUYGGUGGGCACAAGUAUGCUGGAAAUUUGAUUGUCUUCAGCCCUGAUUCAACUGGAAAUAUAUCUGGCCAUUGGUACGGCUAUGUGACUCCUGAUGACGUGCCUGCGAUGCUUGAUCAGCAUAUUGCAAAAGGAGAAAUCAUAGAAAAGCUUUCCAGGGGCCAGAUGAGACUAAGACCCGAGGGUGAGGAAGCUGAGAAAGAGAAUGAGCAUAAAGUACCAAACGGAAACAGUGUAGUGGAACGCGGACCUGUGGAGAAGAAAGGAUUCACAGGAGGUUGUUGCCAAGGUGCAAACGGGGUUUCAUGUUGUCAGGACCAAACUCCAGAGCCAGUCAAGAAAGAAGGAUCCGUGAAGCUAAACUGGUUCAAGUCGAUAGAGAAAGAAGAGAUCCUCUUGGGAGCUGCUGCGGUUGGGGCAGUCGCAACCAUAGCCGUGGCUUACAGUGUUUACAGGAGGUCAGGUUAA